GUUCACCACCACCGUCCCAUUCAUAUGCUGAUCCGUUUCCGCCAGUAACUCCUCUUCAAUCUUCUGUCCUCUCCACACUCUCGCGAUUGCCAGUUCUGCUUCUGAGCUGCGGCGGAGCACAGAAGAGCUCAGAAGAAACCCUAGCGCCCAGUACCAUGAACUGUUCAAUUUCCGGUGAGGUGCCGGAGGAACCGGUGGUUUCUAAGAAGUCCGGGCUGCUUUACGAGAAACGAUUGAUCGAGAGACACAUAUCCGAUUAUGGAAAAUGUCCUAUUACUGGGGAGCCUCUGUCCAUGGAUGACAUUGUACCAGUCAAAACUGGCAAGAUAGUGAAGCCAAGGCCAGUACAAGCUGCAAGCAUUCCUGGGAUGCUUGGGAUGUUCCAGAUUGAGUGGGAUGGCCUGAUGCUAUCCAAUUUUGCGCUGGAGCAACAACUACAUACAGCAAGGCAAGAGCUAAGUCAUGCAUUGUACCAGCAUGAUGCAGCUUGUCGUGUGAUUGCAAGACUAAAGAAGGAAAGGGAUGAAGCGAGGUCAUUAUUGGCUCAGGCAGAAAGACAAAUACCCAUGUCAGCACCAACAGUGGCAACAGUUACUGCUUCCACUUUGAGCAACGGGAAAAGAGGUCCUGCAGAUGAGGACAUGGGCCCUGAUGGAAAGAAAAUCUGCCCUGGAAUCUCUUCUAGCAUCAUUGCAGAGCUCACCGAUUGCAAUGCUGCACUUUCACAGCAGCGCAAAAGGCGGCAGAUCCCUCCAACAUUGGCUCCCGUUGAUUCAGUGGAGAGGUAUACCCAACUCUCUAGUUACCCAUUGCACAAAACCAGCAAGCCUGGCAUUUUAGCUAUGGAUAUCCUGUAUUCAAAGGAUAUUUUGGCCACAGGUGGGGCUGAUACAAAUGCUGUUCUCUUUGAUCGAUCAUCAGGAGAGAUCUUGUCUACACUUAGUGGUCAUUCAAAGAAGGUGACUAGUGUUAAAUUUGUAGCACAGGGCGAUAUGGUUGUUACUGGUUCUGCAGAUAAAACUGUUUGUUUGUGGCAAGGGUCUGAAAAUGGGAAUUAUGAUUGUCGGCAUGUAUUGAAGGAUCAUACUGCAGAGGUACAAGCAGUUACCGUCCAUGCCACCAAUAAUUACUUUGUCACAGCUUCUCUGGAUAAUACGUGGUGCUUUUAUGAUCUUUCUUCUGGUCUAUGCCUCACACAGGUAGAAGAUGCUUCAGGAUCUGGGGGUUAUACAUCUGCAGCUUUCCAUCCAGAUGGUCUCAUUCUGGGAACAGGCACCUCAGAGGCACUUGUUAAAAUUUGGGACGUAAAAAGUCAGGCUAACGUUGCAAGAUUUGAUGGUCACGUUGGGGCAGUAACUGCUGUAUCUUUCUCAGAAAAUGGUUAUUUCCUAGCGACUGCAGCACAUGAUGGAGUUAAGUUGUGGGAUCUCCGCAAGCUUAAGAACUUCCGGACAUUUGCACCUUAUGAUGAAAAUACUCCAACACAGUCUGUGGAAUUUGACCACAGUGGAAGUUACCUUUCUAUUGCUGGGUCAGAUAUAAGGGUAUAUCAAGUGGCCAAUGUCAAGUCCGAGUGGAAUUGCAUCAAAACCUUCCCUGAUUUGUCUGGCACAGGUAAAGCAACAUGCGUAAAAUUCGGCCCAGAUGCCAAGUACCUAGCAGUGGGAUCAAUGGACAGAAACCUCCGUAUAUUUGGCUUGCCAGGGGAUGAUGGCCCGUCGGAAUCUUGAAUCUAAACAAAUGAGAAGUAGUAGCUAUUAUUUUUGUAUCAGUUGUCUUCAAAAGAGAACCAUAGCAGUUUCAUAGUAUUAUUUGCUUGUUUCCUUCCUUGCAAAUUGCAUUAGGAUUUUGCUGUAGAGUGGCCAAACCUGAUCGGACUCUGUAUCUAGAUAAUUGCAAUUCUCUCUGAUAGAUAUAGAGGAGUCUAUUUUAUAUUCCUGGCAAGGUCCAAGAACAUGUACUUUGACAUCAAAGUCUCGUGACAUGAAGAAGCAGGUUAGACAUUUGCUUGAAUUGUAUUGAGAACCCUGCCUUCUCCUGCAGACAAUUUUAUCUGCAUUUGUUGGUUAUGCUUUGUGUCACUACUACUACUAUAAUUUUAAUGGAAAAUUUUAUGGUACCUAAA